AAUGGCGCGCCAAUCGGAGAAUGUAGCGUCGUCUCGUGAAUACAAUUGAGCUUUUAGAGCCGACACGCACGCACAGAGUCGAAAGCAUUGACGCAUCCACACCUACCGGCUCAGAGUGCGCGUGGGCGAAACUAAGUUGGCCGCUUUGCAACAGGUGCGCGUUGCGUGCGCUACAGGUCCGCGCGCACGUUGAAUGGAUCCCGUCGAUUUCAGGAUGGUAUACAAACAGGAAAAAAAUCGAGGGAGGGAAGGAUCGAAAAGAAAGAGCGGCCACUCGGUGGGCUUCGCAUGGCGACUGCAACGCUGCACAGUAUGGCUGCACAGACACUACUACCUGCACAAAUAGCGAUGUAGCAAUGGUUCUGAGAAAUUAUUGCCUUCCAAGAUAUUGCUAACUGCGUACAAAGCCAUCGUGAUAAAUGCCGGGCAAUAUUACGUACUCGGUCAAAGGGAACAUGGACAGGUUCUGGGGACGCGCGAAGGAGAUACACAGACCAAAUAUCGGUGCUUAAUUUUUCUUUUCCCUGAAUCAAAAUUACUGAAGGCUGAUUGUAGUGAAGGUCCAUAUUAAUGAGCCGGUAAGGAAGGAACAAAAAUUUCACACAGCGAAACCCCAAGCUUCACAACAGCACCGAGACAAGAAGCCUGCUUUUGUUGAAGGAGGCACAUGGGUGAAUUCACAGCGAUCAGGCACUCAUGACAAUAACGGUUACAGCCAACUGUGUAGUGCUUAUGAUUGCAUUGCAUCGCCCCAUGCUACCUUCAAAUUCGAAGGAUUUACCACAGCUAGCUUUGCGUGUACGGUCGUACUGAUAGCCCGAGUGUGCUCACUUUGAAACGAGUGAUUCUGUGUACCUUACCGCGGCCGCUCUUGCUUCUCCUUACAAAUUUACAAAAAGAAUCAUCUCAUUCGUGCGUAAGGAUGACCUGGUAGGGUCUCCCCGAUGCUGACGUAGUGAUGCGGCGGCGUCCGCGUCGUCGGCUGGAAUGCAUGCACUAUAUAGCCAGCCACCGACGUCAGAGAUUGUAUUGUUCUGGUGCGUGUUCUGGUGUGCGGUGCAGGGUCGAUAGGCAACAUCGACGACGGCACCUACCGCUGCCCGGACGGCUCGAGCCCCGAUCGGAUCAAACAGACCGUCAUCUCGGGCGUGCUCGGCGCCGCCUCCUCGGUCACCUCCAUACAGGUGGCCAACCUGCUCCGGCUUUUCAAGAUACCACAGGUGAGCUUCUUCUCGACAAGCCCCGAGCUGAGCAACAAGAAACGCUUCGAGUAUUUCCUGCGCACGGUGCCUUCGGACGAGAGCCAAGUGCAAGCGAUGGUCGGUAUCGUCAAGCUGCUCAAAUGGACGUACGUGUCCAUCCUCUACGAAGAAUCCACCUACGGGAAUUCGGCAUUCGACGUGCUAGAACGAGAGCUGCACAAAUACAACAUCUGCAUCGCCGUCAAGGAAAAAUUGACCAAGGACUCGGGCGUGGCUUCGGAAAUCACGUACGACGCAAUCAUCAAGAAGUUAAACAACAAGCCGCGGGCUCGAGGUGUGAUCAUCUUCGGCUCGGACCAGGAAGUGGCGGGCGUGAUGAGAGCCGUGAGUCGCAACAAUGCCACCGGUCACUUCGCCUGGAUCGGCAGCGAUGGCUGGAGCGCCAGGGAGCUCGUCUCCCACGGCAACGAGCCACAGGUCGAAGGCACGCUAUCGGUGCAGCCCACGGCGGGAAAGGUCGAGGGAUUCGACGACUACUUCCGCGCGCUCACGCCUUACACCAACCACAGAAACCCGUGGUUCAUCGAGUUCUGGGAGCACUUCUUCCGGUGCAAAUGGAACGGAAGCCUGGUGACGCCGUUCAACCAGCACCACCCGAGGAGCUGCACGGGCGAGGAGCGCAUCAGCGACAACAAGGCGUACAAGCUCGAGGCGCAGCUGCAGUUCGUCAGCAACGCGGUGCUCGCCUUCGCGUACGCGCUUCGCAGGAUGCACGAGGAGAUAUGCGGCAACAUCAGCGGCCUCUGCGACAGCAUGCGGCCCGUCAACGGCACAGACCUGCUCUCCUACCUGAAGAACGUCACGUUCCAAGGUCUGAGCAAGGACCACUUCCGCUUCUCCAGUAGCGGAGACGGCCCGGCGCGCUACAACAUACUGCACUUCAAGCAAGUCGAGCCCGGCAAGUACCGCUGGGUGCGCGUUGGAACGUACGUGGAUGGCACGCUGCACUUGCAGCUAGCCGAGCUACAGUUUCGGCUGGGCUCGAGCGAGCUGCCGCGUUCGGUGUGCAGCGACCCAUGCCCACGCGGCUCAGCGCAGAAGAUGGUGGAUAACGAGCAGUGCUGCUGGCACUGCGUGCGCUGCUCAGGCUACACGUUCGCAGCCGAGAACGGCGUGUGCGCCGACUGCGCGCCCGGCACGCUGCCGGACGUGCACCACGAGCGCUGUGUGCCGGUGCCGGAGUCGCACAUGAGCCCAUCGUCGCCGCUGGCCGUGGCCACGCUGGUGCUCGCUGCGCUCGGCACCGUCUUCACGGCGGCCACGCUGUUCGUGUUCCUCAAGCACAUCGACACGCCGGUGGUUCGCGCCUCCGGCCGCGAGCUCUGCUUCGUGCUGCUCGGCGGUAUCUGCAUGUGCCAGGGCACGGCGCUACUGCUCGUGCAACGGCCCAGCCCGGUGGUGUGUGGAGCGCAGCGCGCCGCGCUGGGCCUGUGCUUCGCCGUCGUGUACUCGGCGGUGCUUGCCAAGGCGGUGCGCAUCCACCGGAUCUUCCACGCGGGCCGCCGGUCGGCUCAGCGGCCCGGCUGCAUAUCGCCGCGUUCGCAGCUGGCGCUGUGCGGCGCCCUGGUGUCGGUGCAGGGCCUGGUGGCGACCGUGUGGCUAGCGUUGAACCCGCCGCGCGCCGUCCACCACCAUCCGACGCGCGAGGACAACUUGCUCGUGUGCCUGGCGUCGGUGAACCUUAUCGGGUACACGCUGUCGCUCAUCUACCCCUUCAUGCUCGUCAUUGUGUGCACCGUCUACGCGGUGCUGACGCGCAAGAUCCCGGAGGCGUUCAACGAGUCCAAGUACAUCGGCUUCGCCAUGUACACCACGUGCGUCAUCUGGCUGGCCUUCCUGCCCAUAUACCUGACCACCUGGCGCCAUGUAAACCUGAACCUUACCAGCAUGGCGAUGGCCGUCUCGCUGAGCGGCACCGUCACCCUCAUCUGCUUCUUCUUCCCCAAGCUGUACAUCAUCGUGCUUCAUCCGGAGAAGAACGUGCGCCAGUCCAUGAUGGCCAAGUACGGCACGCUCAAGAACCGCGUCGAGUCGGCCACGCAGUCUGACGUUGACUACGAGAUGAGCGACAAGCAGCGGUCUGCCUGUUCGUUGGUCUCGACAAGUAGCCGAGCCAGCAUUGCCACGCAGACCGACGCCGACGAGAACAACUUCUACGAUAUGGACGUCCAGCUUUGACCUAUCUACGACGGUGAGAUACAAGUUCUGGCCACAGCCGUCCAGCAGUAGCAGCAUUUGGCGGCCGGCCACCAUAAAGUGGGACACGUGCCAACCACAGUGCGCGCGGUGCAAACUCAGCACGCGCGGAAUGCCUCGGCGCAGAUAUCGCUGUUGCCGCCGUCAGCGAAAGCCGGGACCAGCGGACGGCAGACCGCGACAACACACACCACACCACACACACAGACACAUACACACACAUACAGGAAGCAGAACGCAAAGCCCAGUGCGGAUCGCAAUAACCCUGCUCCUGCUGGGACCACCAAAGAAAAGAGGGGCGCCCUUCAGCCACCAACACGAGGAAAACAUUGCCGGUGACGAUGCUCUGUGAUCACACUGCCGCGCAGAUUAUGUAGUAUGUCUCUAUUUCUACACGAUCAAUCUCCUUCGCUCUCUCUCUGUCUUCUACAUGCAUAAUAUAAAUAUUCAUAUACUGCAAAUUAUAUAAAUAUAUAUAUAUAUAUACAUAUAUAUGUGUAUUAUACAUAUACACGAAAGCAGGAUUAUACAAGUGGCACUCAUCAUAUCGUCUCUUCUGUUGUUGGUGCAUUUAUACAUGCGAAAAUAAAAGCCUACUGUUUAUGUUUUCACAA